UUUUGGAUUUGAGUUGUUUUCGUCAAAAAAAUGCCCAGCGAAAUUUUAAAACAAGGAGCCGAGGCGCGCCUCUACCUUGGCGAAUACCAGGGAGAAACCUGCUUGAUUAAGGAACGCUUUGUCAAGAAGUACCGCCACCCAGAGCUAGACAAACAAAUCACCCGACGUCGCAUGAAGGCAGAGAUGAAGACGGCGGCACGUUGUCUGGCUGCCGGCGUCUUGGUCCCGAAAGUACUUCACCUGGACUACCCCGCACACACCUUGUAUAUAGAAUACUAUGCCAAUGCCAAGACAGCCAAGGAGUUCAUCCAGGAAACGGUUGCCACCAAGGAGGCGGACGAGGCGAAGAAGCUACUGCUGGAUCUGUGCUGGAGAAUCGGCGUGAUCGUUGGCAGAAUGCACACUGACCACAUUAUACAUGGCGACCUGACGACAUCAAACAUCCUAAUCGAUCCCCAGGAGAACAAGUACGAUAUCGUGUUCAUUGAUUUCGGUUUGAGUCACUACGACAAGGGCGCCGAGCGCAAGGGCGUGGAUCUGUACGUUCUGGAGCGGGCCCUGCUGAGCACGCACAGCGAGCAGCCCUAUCUCUUCGAACAAAUCCUGGCUGGCUACCGCAUGCAGUGUGGCAGGGAGGGGGACAUUGUUCUCGACAAGUUCGAGGAAGUACGGGCACGCGGACGUAAGCGAACGAUGAUUGGCUAACAAAAAUAAUCUUUAAUAAAACCUACAUCGUAAACCUA